AUGGCAUUGAGAGAGGCCGCUGCAUUAGGAAACAUUGCUGCCAUCAAAAUCUAUAUCAACAAUGGUGUUCAUAUUAACGCUUCAAAUCGCACCAAUGGAUGGACACCAUUGCAUUGGGCUUGUUCUAGAGGAAAUAAAGAGGCUGCUCAACUUCUGAUCGCUAAUGGUGCAAAGAUUGAUAUUGCUAAUAAUAAUGGCAUGACACCUGUUGAUGUAGCCAAAGGAGAUGCGCUUAAAUGGCUUCAAUCUGUCAAUGGCGAGCAUCCGCUACCAUCUGAAAAUAGCAGCGAUACUCCCCCAGAAACUGGAUCGUUUAUUCCCAAUUACUUGAGAUUUCCCGAUCUGAACAAAGCGUGGAGUGUGCCCGAGUCUAUACCCACUCAAGUCAGAUCUGUAUACGAAACAGCACUAGCAAAACCUCAAUCUGAUACAUCUGCUAAUCAACCUAAAAGUUCAUUGCUGCCCAAAUCCAUGGAUGCACUGGCUUCACCACUACAACAAACCAACACUGGAUGGGCCAAGAGUGAAGUUCUUGUAUUCAAGGACCAAUUCAAGUCGGACGCGAUCCUCGGAGCCGUCUUUAUCGACCGUAAUACAACCAUUGCAGAGCUGUGCAAGCAAAUACAAGCAGAGAUUGAUAACGUUCCAAUGCAUUUUAAACUAGCAAGACUCAAUGAUAGGUAUCAGAUUCCACUGAGUAAAGGGCAAUAUAACCAACAAGCAUGGAUGCAUUUUAAUGGAGGAUACAAAUCAGAACAAUUGUCAUCAGUGUUAAUAUUGAUUGAAACUUCCGAGUCGAGUUAA